UCAGCUCCCCCUCUUUACCUCUCUCCCACAAAACCAUCCCCCUAGCUUGGCAGCAGACAUCACGUCAGUUGAUCCCAGCACAGAGUGCUAUCUCUACUCGCCUUCACAUCAUCAGAAUCAGCACCCUCUCUCUCUCUCUCUCUCAGUCAUUGCCAACAGGCAGAUCAUGGUUCUCAAGGCAUCAACCAUCAAGGCAACGCCCUUCACUACAUUCCUGCUGUUGGUAAUGAUCUUCGUCGUGGUGGUGUUCUUCCAGGCUCCUCCUCCCAGUCAGCCUAACAACAGUAAUGACACUAACGUCUGGAACGAUCACAGUCAACAAACUUUUGCCAGACAAAUAAGAGAGCUGCAAGAGGGCCACCAGAGGACACUGAUGCUACUGAACAAACUCUUCUGUGAAGCCAAGUUGGUGCUGCCGUCUGGCGGGUUCUGCCUAAACAAGGAUAAACUCAUUGUUGGUGGUAACUACAUGUGGAGCGCCAAGCUGUGUGUAGGUCUGGAGACACUCUUCGGGAGUUCUACCGUGGCUGACCUCGGUGCUGGUCUGGGUCACUAUGGUAGAUGCUUCCUGCGUAACACAGAAGGCAUACUCGUCCACCCCAACACCAAAGACAUCGAUUAUAUCAACAAAGAAUACCUCAACAAAAUGGAAGAGGCUGGGCUUAAUGGAACUUCACAAGUCAUAAAAUCGUGGAACGACUCGACUCCAGGGGUUGAAUGUAUUGCCGCAGGGGAACCUGGGCAAGUUUGGACGUGCUCAGAGAUACGGAAGGGACGUGGGCUGGUCGUCUGGGAACGUGGGAGGGUGGCGGAGGCAGAGCAGUGGCCGUGUGCGGACCUGUCGGCCUGUGGCUGGGGGGCCCUGUGGGACCCAUUUUUGCUGAUGGUGGGGGACGGCAUGGUUCGGCGGAAGGAAGCCAUUGAACGUGUCCUGCGAGAAUGUGUCCUCCUCGCUGAUUCCCAGUACGGAUGGGGAGGUCGAGUGGUGUAA